CUAAAGAAGAAGAAAUGGCAAUCUCUUUACUCUGUCUUUUUCUCAUCACCUUAGUUUCGUUAAUCUUUGUCGUCAAGAAGAUCAAACACUCUAAAUGGGAUCUUCCUCCAAGCCCUCCUACGUUUCCGGUUAUCGGAAACUUACACCAAGUUGGAGAAUUGCCUCACAGGUCAUUUCAACGUCUAGCCGAAAGAACCGGGCAUGUUAUGCUUCUUCACUUUGGGUUUGUCCCUGUAACUGUAAUCUCAUCGAGGGAAGCAGCUGAAGAAGUUCUUAGAACUCAUGACCUAAAGUGUUGCACCAGGCCUAAACUUGUCGGGUCGAGGCUAAUCUCUCGGGGUUUUAAAGAUAUCAGUUUUACUCCAUACGGUGAAGAGUGGAGAGAGCGGCGUAAGUUCUUGGUGCGCGAGCUUUUCUGUUUCAAAAAGGUUCAGUAUUUUGGGUAUAUCGUAGAAGAAGAAUGUAACUUGCUGGUCAAGAAACUGACGGAAUCAGCCGUAGGUCGGCCUCCGGUUGAUUUGAGUAAAUCCCUUUUCUGGCUAGCUGCGAGUAUCCUGUUUAGAAUUGCUUUUGGACAGAGUUUCCACGACAACAAGUUUAUCGAUGAAGACAAGAUCGAUGAACUUAUAUUUGAAACCGAGACAGCUCAGGCUAGUUUCACUUGCUCUGAUUUCUUCCCUAUCGCCGGCCUUGGAUGGCUCGCUGACUGGAUUUCCGGGAAACACAGGUGGCUCAACAAUGUCUUCUUCAAGCUCGAUGCUCUGUUUCAACGUGUGAUUGAUGAUCAUUCAGAUCCUGGAAGAUGGAAAGAUCACAAAGAUAUCGUCGAUGUAAUGUUGGAUGUGAUGCAUAAACAAGGCAAAGAUGAUUCUUUGAGGCUCACAAUAGAUCAUAUUAAGGGGUUUCUCACGAAUAUAAUAAUCGCAGGGAUAGACACAGGAGCUCUUACCAUGAUAUGGGCAAUGACAGAGCUCGCAAGAAACCCCGAACUAAUGAAGAACGUUCAAGGCGAGAUUAGAGACAGCUUUGGCAACAAUAAGGAGAGAAUCACCAAAGAAGAUCUAAAUAAAGUUCCUUUCUUAAACAUGGUGAUCAAGGAAACAUUCAGAUUACACCCAGUAGCUCCUCUUCUGCUCCCAAGGGAAACAAUGACUCACAUCAAGGUUCAAGGCUAUGAUAUUCCUCCAAAGAGACGGAUCUUAGUCAACACUUGGGCGAUAGGAAGAGAUCCUACACUCUGGAUAAAUCCGGAAGAGUUUAACCCCGAGAGGUUUAUCAACAACCCUGUAGAUUAUAGAGGACAACAUUUCGAGCUCUUACCGUUCGGGUCUGGUCGAAGGAUAUGUCCCGGGAUGGGGUUGGGGAUCACUAUAGUGGAAUUGGGACUCUUGAACUUACUAUACUUCUUCGAUUGGAGAGCACCUGAUGGGAUGACACAUAAAGACAUCGAUACAGAAGAAGCUGGUAUACUUACAGUAGUCAAGAAAGUACCUCUCAAACUUGUCCCAGUUCGAGUUCAGUGA